AUGGCAUCAUUGGCAGUACAACCAUGUAAAGCAAUCCUCAGCAUUCUCUUUGUGCUAGUCGCAACAGUUCACACGGACAUAACAUCCUCCUCCGAUCUGAACUGCGAUUUCUCCUACAACUGUCAGUGGAGAAACGCGAGCAACUCAGAAGACAGUGGUGACUGGGUAAUCAGCACUCAUUACGAAGCGGAUCCACAGCACAUGGUGAUACCGAGGAAGGGCAGCGCCAAAGAUUUAGAAGGUUAUUUCGCCUAUACCAGUGGCUUCAUGGGGCAAACCGUAGCUCUGCUAGUGUCGGACGUCGCUUCUUGCCAAAUCGGUGGAGGAAACGUGAAGUAUUGGUAUUAUAAAACAGGUGUCGAAUCACAACUGGAAGUGUGCACUAGACAACCACCAGGAAGUAAAGAGUUCACUUCGAUG